UAUUUUAUGUACGGAAUGAAAUUAGUUCAAUGUUUAUAUUUCUCUCUGUAUAUUAAUAAAAUAUAAUAAUUAUUAAAGAUUAAAAAAUAGGAUGAGACAUUAAUGGCUAUAGAGGAAUAAGAGAAGAAGCACCACUUAGAGCCCACGUUCCAACUCUUAAUCACCCAAAAAUUAUACACAAAGACGUGCUUCUCACAUCUCAUCUCACUCCCUCACCAGCUCACUUCACUCAAUCCUCUUUAUAUUUCUUUCCUUUUUUAAUUGUUAUACAACAAUCUCUCUCAAUCCUCAAGUAAUCAGAGGUGACCAUAUGGCUCUCGACACUCUCAAUUCUCCAACCUCCACCACCGCUCCUCCUCCUUUCCUAACCGAGCCGGAGAAUCUUGAGUCAUGGACCAAAAGAAAACGCACAAAACGACACCGAACUGUAGAUCAGUCACACCCUCCUUCCGAAGAAGAGUAUCUUGCUAUCUGCCUCCUCAUGCUUGCUCGUGGCUCCUCCUCCUCCUCCUCCAAUGAUGGUAAUGAUCAUCACUCUCCUCCUGCUCCACCGUCCGAUCAUCACCACCGAGACUACAAGUGCUCCGUCUGUGGCAAAUCUUUCCCGUCUUAUCAAGCGUUAGGUGGACACAAAACCAGUCACCGGAAACCGGUUAGUAAUACUAAUUGCCAAGAUACUAAUAACAGUGCUAACGGUUCCGUUACUAAUAACGGAAAUAUUAGUAACGGUUUAAUUAGUCAAAGUGGGAAGACUCAUAAGUGCUCUAUCUGUUUUAAGUCGUUUCCAUCUGGUCAAGCAUUGGGUGGUCACAAACGGUGUCAUUACGACGGUGGUAACGGUAACGGUAGUAAUAAUCACGGCUUUGACCUGAAUUUACCGGCUGAUCACGAUGAAACACUUGUAAAAUGUUAACUCUCCGGCGAAGAAUCAAAGUCGGCCUUUUAGCAAAAAAAAAGAAUCAAAGUCGGAGUCGGAUUAUUAUUAAUUUUUACCGAUCAGCUAGCUAGUGUGGAUCAUUAGCUGAGAUGUUGAUGAGUCUGUAAUGAAAAUGAUUGGAGUGGACUUUGGAUUUUUUUUACUUUCUUUUUUACGUAUACGAAAAUAAAAAAAUCUUCAUAUGAUUAUUCGUUUUUGGGUUUUGUUUAUAAAAAGUAAAUAAAGAGGAUAUAUUUGGAUUUGUAUUUUUGCUUUAAUAAGAGAAAUAAUAAAAGAGAAAUGGUUAAUGAAA